AGCUAGAUCUCUAGCUUCACAAUAAAAUGUGUGCAAAUACUCUCCACAGAGAUAAGUCCCCACCUCAGUCGGUAUAGAAAAGCAUGAUAAAGGUUGGAAAAAAUGGAUAAAAAUGUUGAAAGAACCUCCAGUUCCUUAUUAGGCGAAGAUACAAUAUUUAUUCCUUGUCUCCUGGGAUAAAUCUCUUCUGCCUAUUGUCCUCCCAGUUCUCAGUGCUGAUGCUUAAUUUUCAAAACUUCUAUAUUACCAAGGGACCUACGACAUCAGCCAAAGAAAUACUCAGCAAGUACAAAAUCUGUUCCAGGGAGCUGCUUUUGUGCAGAGGGAAAAUUUUGUUCCUACAGGUUUUUAAGUGGGUACGAGGCAAGGAGCUAACUGAUCCGGGCAAAACCAUUACAAUUUAGAUAUCUAUCUAUAGAACAUUUUUUUUCCUUUAAAAAUUGGAAAAUACAAGAACUUCGGAUUUUUUUUCCCGAUUCUUUUUUUGGAGGGGGAAAUUGCAUCGUAAGCUUUCGGAGAAACCCAACAUGUCAACUACCUUUCCGGGACUAGUCCACGAUGCCGAGAUACGUCACGACGGAUCAAACAGCUACCGUUUGAUGCAGCUUGGCUGUCUGGAGUCCGUAGCCAAUUCCACUGUCGCCUAUUCCUCCUCCUCUCCUUUAACUUACUCCACCACCGGCACCGAGUUUGCGUCCCCCUACUUCUCCACCAACCACCAGUACACCCCGCUCCACCACCAGUCCUUCCAUUACGAGUUUCAGCACAGCCACCCGGCCGUCACCCCCGACGCCUACUCUCUGAACUCGCUCCACCACUCGCAACAGUACUACCAGCAGAUCCACCACGGGGAGCCCACCGACUUUAUUAACCUGCACAAUGCGCGGGCGCUCAAGUCGUCCUGCCUGGACGAGCAGAGGCGGGAGCUGGGCUGCCUCGAUGCCUACCGCCGCCACGACCUGUCCCUCAUGAGCCAUGGCUCUCAGUAUGGAAUGCACCCAGAUCAAAGACUCCUGCCAGGGCCCAGCCUGGGGCUGGCCGCCGCGGGAGCAGACGACUUGCAGGGCUCUGUGGAGGCCCAGUGUGGGCUUGUUCUCAAUGGCCAAGGUGGAGUGAUAAGAAGAGGUGGCACCUGUGUGGUCAACCCCACAGACUUAUUUUGCUCUGUCCCUGGCCGUUUGUCCCUUCUUAGUUCUACUUCCAAAUACAAGGUGACCAUUGCUGAGGUAAAGAGGCGCCUCUCCCCACCUGAGUGCCUCAAUGCUUCACUCUUGGGAGGCAUUUUGAGAAGAGCAAAAUCGAAGAAUGGGGGCCGCUGCCUGAGAGAGAAAUUGGAUAGGCUUGGCUUAAACUUACCAGCAGGAAGACGGAAAGCAGCUAAUGUCACCCUCCUCACUUCCUUGGUUGAAGGGGAGGCUUUGCACUUGGCUCGGGAUUUUGGCUACACUUGUGAAACAGAGUUUCCAGCCAAAGCAGUAGGAGAACAUCUUGCCAGACAACAUAUGGAACAGAAAGAACAGACAGCAAGAAAAAAGAUGAUCCUGGCGACCAAACAAAUCUGUAAAGAAUUCCAAGACCUCUUGAGCCAAGAUAGAUCACCACUGGGAUCCUCCAGACCCACUCCAAUUCUAGACCUUGACAUCCAGAGACAUUUAACACAUUUCAGUUUGAUCACUCAUGGCUUUGGGACUCCGGCAAUAUGUGCAGCUCUAAGCACUUUCCAAACAGUUCUCAGUGAAAUGCUGAACUACUUGGAAAAACACACUACUCACAAAAACGGCGGAGCGGCGGAUCCCGGCCAAGGACAUGCCAACUCGGAGAAAGCCCCCCUGCGGAAAACUUCAGAGGCUGCCGUGAAAGAGGGCAAAACAGAAAAGACAGACUAGCUACAUCAAACAGAAUCUAUUUCCAGAUAGUCUUGCUGCUGAUAUUUUUUCUAAUAUAUAUAUCAUUGAGGGUGACUAAUCUUCAGUGGACCAAAUCUCUACCCUUCCCCAACCCUCCAUAAAAAACAAAAAUGGAAACGUAAAAUGAAACAAAAAAGGACAAAACCAAAAAAAAAAAAAAAAGGAAAACUGCAGUGUAACUGUGUGAUGAAAUUGUCACCUUUUAAUUUUAUGUUAUG